UUGUUUGACAUUUUUUCCCAAACUCUUGGCCAAUAAUCUAAGUCGUUUUUCUUAUCAACUUCUGGCACGCUGAUGUCCAUCGCCAUAUGACCCUGUCGUGACCAAACGCCGUCAUUCCUCGCCUAGUCGUUGGUCAGCCACCGUCCGUCAACAAUUUUCAAAAACGACAUUCACAUCGAAAGAAACUACCAUGAAGUCAGUCGUUAGCAUUUUGGUCUUGAUCGUAGCCUGCGUCCGUUUCGCCUCGGCUGCCAAAUGUUCCGAUCACAUCCUGUCGUUGAAAGCCGAUUUCUUUAGCGAAGAUGAUGGCGGCAUUUACGAUAGGACUGCCUGCUCGGCUUCGUUCAGCAAUUUCCACAAGUACACACCGCAGGUUCACGUCUUGAUUAACGAACACAUCGCACAGAGUUUCGUCUAUUCCAUCAUGUCGAGCCACUUUGAGACGGACUUCGAGAACCGUUUGGGAUUCAGCAAGUACAUGGACGGCCUGGCCGAUACCAUGUGGCAACAUGCCAUUAGUCUGAUCAAGUAUGCUGGAAAACGAGGAACGGGCGUGGCUCCCGUCGAUACCAGCAACGGCCUUUCCAUCAAAAACUUGAACAAUGGUAUCAAGCCAUGGACAGAAAUAGAAGCCUUGGCAUUGGCUCUCGAUCAUCACCAAACGUUGGCCAUCAAAGUCCACCAACUGCACAGUUCGGCCAAGGAUGCCGCCUUUGGAGAUUUCUUGGAGAAUCAGUUCGUGUCCGAUCACGUCAGCCGAAUUCGUGAACUGUCUGGUCAUUUGACUAAUCUCGUGCCGAUGGUUCAAGAAGAAAGCAGCAAAGAUUUGGCUCUCUACCUAUUCGACCAGUCGUUGGUUUAAAGAAGAAAAAAACAAACAUCACUUGCGUGUGUGUUCAGCUAUCAACGAAGCAAAAAAGGUUGCUCUAAUUCUUCUAAACCGUAUGCAAACGGCCUUUUAAUUCCACCUUCCAAAAAUAUUGAUUGCUCCAUCGUAGAUAUUCUGCUGACAGUUUUCCAUUUAAAUUGGCCUUUACGUUUUUUUUUUUCAUUCAAAACAAAUGGGGGCAAAAUAAACUUCCUUAGUCAGUCUA